AUGACGCUUCCGUUUCCGCACCCCACGAGUUUACUCCCGCCAGGUUUUGCGAUAUACCGGUGUACGCCGGGGGAUGUUCCGAGUAUGGUGGAUGUUUGUAAGUCUUUCUUAUCUCUUACGAAGGCUUUCCCCGCCGGUUCCCCCUUUACGUAUUGGUGGUCGCCAUCUCUCGAGGUAAUGCAGACAUGGCAUACUACUCGCAUCCGUAGCCGCUUCGCAGAUCCAAAUACGCAGCAAUUCAAAGUCGUCGAUGAAACUACGGGAAAACCCGUCGCGUUCGCGAAGUGGGACCCGCCGAAGUCUAUGAAGGGGUUGAAGCACGGAUUCGUGACAUAUGAUAAUGAAGGGAAAGUUGUAGAACAAACCGCAAAAAGUGAGGGGAGGGAGAAAGAGGAGAAUAAAGCGCCGCCACCAAUCCUAGAGGCCCCGAAGGGUGCGGAUGAGGCACUAUACCAGGAGUUUUUCGAGGCGUUGAAGACGAUGGGGAAGAAGUGGAAUACGGAUGAGAAAUUAGUCCUUUCCGUAAUAUGCACGGAUCCAGCCUACCACGGCCGAGGUAUCGGAGCGGCCCUCGCGAACAGUGUCCUCACCAUCGCCGACACUGAAAAGGUCUCUGCUUAUCUGGAAGCGUUACCAUUAGCUGUGCCACUAUACCGUCGUCUCGGUUUUGAGCCGGUUGAUCACUUGGAAUUUGAUAUUACGAGGGCUGGUAUGGAAGGAACUGCUUUAUUAACUAUUAUGGUACGGGAACCGAAGAGUCCUAAUUAA